AUGGGAUCUCCUCAAGAUUAUAGCCGGAUAAUUCGUUCCCCCUCUUUCACCUUCCUCGUCGGGCCAAGACACACCAAGCUGACCAUUCAGUCGGGACUGGCCCAACAUGUCUCGAGGCCGAUGCAUAAUCUGAUGAAUGGGCAUACGAGAGAGUCGAAGCAUCGUAUUGCUGUGCUCGAAGAUGAGGAUGUCGAGACCUUUGUGGCGUUCUGCGAGUAUGCAUAUACGGGCGACUACACUGUGCCAUCCAGACACAAGGCAAAAGAGACAGAUAGUGGUGCUGAAACGCUUAUAUCGGAUUCUGUCUCAUCGGCCAUCCCACAAUCCGCUUCACCAGAGAUUAGUCAAGAGAUUGAUGAGACGGCUGCGGAUCUGAAUACGAAUGCUGAUGAAGGUGGGACGCUGGACAGAGAGAAAAUGGAGGAGCAUGGGCAGAAAAGGGGCAAUGAAGACGCACUUGAUUACCCGCAGGUCGCAGCAGAGGAGGAAUCGGGUGAAUGGAUACCUUGGUCAGAAUAUGCAAAACAAACAAAACACACAACUAAGAAGAAAGAAGCAGAUAUGAGCAAAGCCGGGGCUGAAGACCAACAUGUUGCUCAUUUGACACCACCGACAACGCCUCCCCUGGGUCGGACGAAUGAUAGUAGCGAGACUUCCACAAUAGAUGCUAGAGAAGCAAGACACGACUUGAAGGAAUCCGCAGCUACAGAUACACCUGUUGGACACAGCACGGCAACGGCAUCCACUUCCACCCCGGCAGACAAAAGCGAAGAAGAAAAGGGCGAGGGUAGCGCAGACGAGCAAAGCCAGACCCCGAGAACAGUCAUCGACAUGUCCUUCGCCAAACAGAAUGACCGGGCGCCUUGUGAGUCGGGACUGAGUCUGUGGGACGAAUUUUUGGCCCUCAAGUACACCGAUGGUCCAUCACAAAACAACCAGACCGGCCCACUCUCCUCCAGUGAUACCACAGACUCCAUUCCAUACCUCACCUUUCAUGCGAAAGUCUACGUUUUCGCUACGCGCUACCUCAUACCAGCCCUAGCACAACUCUGUCUCCAAAAGCUGCACAGGGACCUGCUUCUUCUGCCUCUCUCAGAUGUAGAAUUGACAGAUUCCAGCUUGGAGCCACACAAUAUUCCCGGUGGGUUGGCCGCACGCAAUGCCCAGAUGGUCCUGAAUUUGUUGCAUUAUGUCUACGCACAAACUACCCGUCUCGAACCCAUCUCACCCACAUCUGCCACGCAGCUACGAGACAAUGAGCUGCGCAGACUGGUCGCCCAUUACGCUGCCUGCAAGGUGAGGGAGCUAGCGCAUUGCUCCUCAGCGGGAGAUAGUGUGCGAGCGACGCCCUCUAUGAGGCCAGUGGAUGCUAGAGCUAAAACUGGGGGAGACUUUGUUUCAAUAACUCUCAAGGAACUGUUGGAAUCGACGAGGGAAUUAGGCUCUGAUCUUAUUUAUCGGAUGAUGUGA